CCGAGCUGGGCGCCCGCGGCCCGGGUGACGCCUCCGCUCCGCCCCCCUCAGCACCUUCCCCGGCCCUCGACGUCGCGCCCUUCCCUCGCUUCUCUUUGCUCCCCUCUCCCCUCUCCGGCCUCUGGUCCCGGCCCCGCUCUUUCUUCCGCAGCCUUCCCUUGGCUCCCUCCCGCCCCCCCCCAGCUCCUUGCCUCCGACUCCCUCCCCCUCCACGCCCGCCCUCUCGCCUUCGCCGUCCCGAAGUGGAUUAAUUAUACGCUUUCUGUUUCUCUCUGCGCUGUUCUCUCCCGCUGUGCGCCUGCCCGCCUCUCGCUGUCCUCUCUCCCUCUCGCCCUCUCUUCGGCCCCCCCUUCUCACGUUCUCUCUGUCUCUCGUACUAUCUCUGCCCCCCUCUAUCCUCGAUACAACAGCUGACCUCAUUCCCCGAUACCCUUUCCCCCCCUAAAAGUACAACAUCUGGCCCGCCCCAGCCCGCAGACAGCCCGUCCUCCCCAGACAAUCAGACGAGAUUCCCCCCCAAAACAAGCCAUCCCCCCGUUCUGCCCCGUCGCGCAUUCGGCCCCCGCGACUCGGCCAGAGCGGCGCUGGCAGAGGAGUGUCCGGCAGGAGGGCCAACGCCCGCUGUUCGGUUUGCGAUACGCAGCAGGGAGGUGGGCGGCGGCUGCGCCGGCUUCCAGAUACCAAUGGGGAUCCCAGUGCGGAAGUCGAUGCUCGUGCUGUUCGCCUUCUUGGCUUUCGCCUCGUGCUGCACUGCUGCUUACCGCCCCAGUGAGACUCUGUGUGGCGGGGAGCUGGUGGACACCCUCCAGUUUGUCUGUGGGGACCGCGGCUUUUACUUCAGCAGGCCCGCGAGCCGCAUGAACCGCCGCAGCCGUGGCAUCGUGGAAGAGUGCUGUUUCCGCAGCUGCGACCUGGCCCUCCUGGAGACCUACUGUGCCACCCCCGCCAAGUCCGAGAGGGACGUGUCGACCCCUCCGACCGUGCUUCCGGACGACUUCCCCAGAUACCCCGUGGUCAAGCUCUUCCAGUACAACGCCUGGAAGCAGUCCACCCAGCGCCUGCGCAGGGGCCUGCCUGCCCUCCUGCGUACCCGUCGGGGUCGCCUGCUCGCCAAGGAGCUCGAGGCGUUCAGAGAGGUCCAGCGCCAACGUCCCCUGAUCGCCGUGCCCACCGAGGACCCCGCUCCCCACGGGGCCGCCUUUGUCGAGGUGUCCAGCAAUCUGCAGUGAGCCAAAUUGUCGUAAUUCUGCGAAAUGGCACCGUCCACCUUGUGCCCUCCUCUUGACCAGGGCCCUUACCACCGGGCCAGCCUCUGAAAUCUCUCUGUACCAUCCCCCUGAGCGGGCUUCCCCCCCAGCCCCCCCUGUCCCAACCUCCUCAUGUCAGGCUCUUCCCUUCGGCCCCCUCCAUCGGGCUGAGGGAAUCAUAGCACCAUCUUCCAAAAUGUACAAAACCGAUUGGCUUUAAAUAUCCCCCCAAAAUUAUCCCCCCAGAAUUAUCUCCAAAUUACACAACAAAAAAUUGAAACCAUGAGACCCCCUAAAUCACAUACACACACACACACCAGCCCCCUUAAAACUAAUUGGCUUUUUAAAAACACCAAAAAAACUAAUUAGCUUAAAAAAAAAAAACUAAAAAAAUCAAUUGGCUGAAAAAAUACUAAAAAGGAUUGGAAAAAUAAAAGAAUUCGGCGCCCCCCCCCUUCCUUCUCUUCCUUUGUAGACCUCGAGUCAAAUUGGCCGUGGGCUCGAGUCCUUGACCAUCCGAGAGAGCGGAAGGGACCCCAAAAUUUGCAGGUAGGCGUGUCUUGCUUCUCAGCCAUCUCCCUUCUCUUGCAAAACUCUUGAUUGGCACCUUUAUUGUGAUUGGCAGUGGGAACAGCAGAGACCCAAGCCUGUUCUUCGCUCUAUCUCCUGUCACCGAAAGUCACCAGAGGGGAGCGAGCGAGGGGGACCCAAUGAGACCAAAGGAAGGGAGCAUGGAACAUGGAAACCGAAAUUCGUGCAAAUAGAAUUUAAUUGGCCCAAACCCCCACACACUCGAACGUCCAUCCUCCAAAAACCCACAUACCCCAAAAUCUUACAUCUCAACCCCCAUCCUGAAAAGCACACACAUCACAUGCAUCCCUGCACACACACACAGGCACACACACACGCAGAUGGAUGACAAUGAGAGACACUGAAGUCCCUGACGCGCAUGCAGAUCAGACCGUGCUCCAUCCCAAAUUCUUUCAGCUGUCCCGCGUGAGGUUUUCAUGUCCUGUGCUCCCUUCCCAUCCCCUGGGAUGCGCCCGAGAGUGGCAGGGGUGUGUCCCAGGCCCAGGCAGGCGGUUCCAUGUUUCCGAGAUGAGGGAGGUGCCCCCUCUGUCUCGGCGCCUGUCCCCACGGUCCCCCGCAGUGUGAGCCCGUGCCCCCAGACCCCAGCAACAUCAGUGCACCCUUCCAUCGUGUGGAGCGAGGAACAGGUUUGGCCAGACUGGAGAUGGCUGUAGCAAGCAAGGUGUGCCCUCCCAGGUAGCCUGACCCCCUGGGUGUGCUCCUGCGAGAAAGAUCUGGGGAUCCCCCCCGAGCACACCCAGGGAUGGGGAGUGUGGGAAGUCUGGCGGUUUGGAGGGG